AUGGGCAAAUCCGGGGGUAUCAAGUUAAACACUGCCCUAUGGAUAUACAAGGCGGUACUAGUACCAAACUUAACAUAUGCUGCUGUUGUCUGGUGGCCUAGAGUGGAAAAGACAGAGUCAAAGAACCUACUAAAAAGCCUGCAAGAUAACUACCUGAGAGCUGCAGUAGGGGCUAUGAGAACGACACCAACGGAGGCGUUGGAGGUGGCGCUUUGCAUCCCACCUCUAAGUCUGACAAUCAUCAGUGCUGCCAGACUCACAGCAUACAGGCUAAGAUGUCAGGGGGGGUGGAAACAAUUCGGGUCGGGCCACACCAGACUCGGGUUUCUCCACAAAUCCCUUUUCAUCUAUAAGCAAGACAGAAUAUCCAGAAAGUACCAGGUGGAAAAAGCGUUUUUCAUAAACCUAACCGCCAGGGCAGACUGGAAAAAUAAAAAUCUUCAGAUCCAACCGAGCGAACAUGCAUGGUUCACUGAUGGAUCUGGAGCAAACGGCCGCUUUGGAGCAGGCAUUUACAGUCCGGGAUCCAAUCACAGAGAGUUUUUCUCCCUAGGUAAGUUGGCCACAGUCUUUCAAGCGGAAGUCCUGGCCAUCCUGGAAUGCGCAAGACUCUUACUCUUAAGGGAGACAAAAACUAGGAGAAUCAACAUCUAUAUAGAUAGCAAAGCAGCCAUAGGAGCUCUCGCUAAGACCACCACUGAAUCAUCAAUGGUUUGGAACUGUAUGCAAGCUCUAAAUGAACUGGGCAAGAGCAACAAAAUCACGCUAAUCUGGGUACCUGGCCAUCAAG